AUGAACAAAGGGAAUUAUACCACUGUGACUGAAUUUUUUCUGGUUGGACUUUCUCAUUACCCAGCUCUCCAGAUAUCUCUUUAUGUGCUCUGCCUUGUAAUGUAUCUGGUGAUCCUAUUAGGAAAUAGCAUCCUCAUUAUCAUUAGCAUACUAGAUCCCCGCCUUCAUACUCCAAUGUAUUUUUUCCUUGCAAACCUUUCUUUUUUAGAUAUCUGUUACACAUCCUCCUCUAUUCCUCCAAUGCUUGUAAAUUUCAUGUCUAAGAGAAAAUCCAUUUCUUUCACUGGGUGUGCAUUACAAAUGGUCGUUUCUCUUGGAUUGGGCUGUACAGAGUGUGUGCUUCUGGCUGUGAUGGCUUUUGACCGGUACGUUGCCAUCUGCAAUCCCCUAAGAUAUACCAUCAUAAUGAAUAAGGCACUCUGUGUUCAGAUGGCAACUUGGACCUGGAUGUUAGGCUUCCUGUAUUCCCUGCUACUCACUCUGCUGGCUAUGAUGAGACCUUUCUGUGACAACAUCAUUGACCAUCUUACCUCCCAUUUAACUGUGGUGAUUUUAUUCUAUGGCUCAGCCCUUUUCAUGUAUAUGAAACCCCAAUCAAAGGACACCAAAACUUCUGAUGAACUCAUUGGCCUGUCUUACUGGGUAGUAACCCCAAUGCUGAACCCUAUCAUCUAUAGCUUGAGGAACAAAGAGGUAAAAGAGGGUGUUGAAAAAGUUCUUAUGAAAAAUCUGUAUUUGAUGAGAAAGUGA